AUGGGGUUUGUGGAUCUCCAAUUACAACAACUCAAAGCCUACCGGUGUAUGAAAAUGUAUCGACAGCUCGUGAAGAAUCCAGACAGCCAUGGGUUCUUGAACUGCAAUCUUCAUAUCAAAAAGGUCCUCAGCUAUCCCAGGUAAGGAAAAUAUAAAUUUAAAAAACAAAAGGUUAAACAAUAUUUUGAACUUUUUAAAAUUAUUUAUAAUAUUCUACAACCUUCAGUGUGAACAACACUCUUUCGUUGAUCGUAUCCUUGGCUUCGUGCGUGUUUGUUGGUCUUCUGUUCUACCUCACCUUCUCUAUAAAAUACGCUUCGUUUCCCAAAGAGUAAGUCGCAAAUUGACAAGAUUUAUGUACUUUAAUCAUGAUAAAUCUAAAAACUUAUCAAAUGUUUUAGAAAAAUUGUCGAAAAAAGUUUAGCGCCCAAAUUGGUCGGUGUUGUCGUUGCGAACUGCCGGCGACAUUUUAUACGAUAAAACCUGAAUUUCUAACGGACAAGAAAAUAAAAAAUAAUAAAAUCCACAUUUUAGUUAGUAACUAUUUAUUUUAUAUGUAAUUUUACAAAAAUAUUGUUAUUUUCAGAACAGGGACUUUUAUUGGACUUGUAGUACUAGUUGUAGUAUGUGCCAUUCAACUGUUACCCAUGAUACGAGCUGUCAUUAUCAUCGCCAUACCUGGAUUAAUGACUGGCCAAGUUAGGGCGAUCUUUAUGUUGAUGAUAGUGACUUGGGCGUUUCAAGUUCCAGCAAUUAAUGUCACCAAGAACAUACAUACGAUGACAAUGACAGCGAUGUGUGUUCAAGAUGGGGUCAAAGGUAAUGUGAAGGAGAUGAAGAGUGGAGUUGGAGAGCGGUUGAGAGCGGUAAAUUUGAGUAUUUUAAGGUAUUAUUGAUUUAAAGCUAAUUUUUGAUUAUAUUUCACAUUAUAGUAGGUUUUUUAUGGUCGAUUACUUCUUACUUAUGUUAAUAUUUAUUAUUCUUUAAAUUUUUUGAUUUUGUAGUUUUAUAUAAUGUUAUGUAGAGCAAAAUGUAUCUUUUAAGAUACCAAAGCAGAUAUUCGAAAAGUUUCUGGAAAGCAAUAAUGGUCCCUUCGAGACAUUGAAGGCGAUUCUGAAGAAAGUCGAUGAAUCCAUCAACAAAAUGCUGGCGUGGGAGAAGGAAAUGGCACAGAAGAUCAAAGAAAUGCUCGAGGGAUGUGAAGAAGACACCAGGAUGCCAUAUUACAGAGUGGGUUUUGUGUUUUCUUAUUCGGAAAUGGAGGUUUAGGUAACAUUUAUAUGUUUUUCAGACCUAGUUUAAUAUUUUAAGCAUUUUUAAUAUUUCAUUUUAACUUGUUAUGAUUGUAGUGCAUUGAGACCGUGGACAAAAUGUACUACGAUUGUUUAGAUGACAAUUAUGAGGUAAUAUGUUCACCAAUCAAGCUGCUACGUCAGGUAAGACACCAUAAUUUUGAAAUUUAACCAUCAUAGUACAACUGUAAAUAAAUUAGAACUAUUAUCGUAAAUCAGGUUUCUAAUACCGAUUACCCUAAAUUAGGCUUAUAACUUCACAUAUUGUAAAUAAUGUUUUCUCCAGAUGAGUAACUCUGUAACCAGAUGGAUUAAUUAAUUCCAGACCUGUGCGGCGAGUCGUGUGAUGACAUUGAAGUGCGAAUGGCCUCAUUACCUCAAGAAGAUGCUGGAGGAGACGGUAGGAACGGCAGUGAAGUUCGGCCUGAAGAAGAGCCUGGCUAUGGCCAAAGACUCGUUCUUUUAUCAGUUAUACGAAGAUAAGAAGUCAUCCAUCAAUGACACGAUAGAAAGCGCAAAAGAAAUGGAACUGAACGUAUCACACACAUUCGAUCACAAUCGUAUGUUGGCCAUCAAUGUAGAUGCCAUCAAAGCAAAGUUGAGGGAUCAAGUCAGUGGGUUGGAGGGGUUUAUCAGAACAGUGAUCUGGCUGUUGAACAUGAUGGUACUGCCAUUGUUUAUAUGGCCUUUCUUUACUGUAAGUCACAGUCAAAUAGGGUAAUAUUGUUUUCUUAAUACAACUAUGGAAUGUACUUAAACUGGCAUCAGUGAAUUUUUAAGUUAAUAUCAGUAUAUAGGCAGUACUGUAUGUCGUCCGCUUCUACCGUAACCCGAAGUACGAUAACUACUUUCAUAGUAGCCAUCUGGAGGAAGUUGAGAUCGAACGACGGAAGAAAGGAACACCAACAAUAUUACCAUUAAUGCCUGCGGAAAAAAAGACUGUAAGUUGUUUUAGUAAAUUUAAUGGUCCAUCAUCUGUUUACUAGGUUUUAUAUUGUUAAUUUGACCUUUGGCUUCGAAAUAUGUAUUUUUACAUAACUUAAAGCUUGCUUUAGUGAAUAAAAGUAUUGUUUUAGAUAGUUAAAGUGUUGGACAUCAAGUUUUCAAGAAACGAAAAGCCCUACUUGUACUUCUCUCUUGUCAUGACAGUAAUUAGUGCACUGGUACCACUGGUUAUCAUCAUGAUAGACAUCGCAUUCUUCAAAAUGAUGGAAAAGUCUUACAAGUUCUUCAAUCAGAAUCUUACCGUCGCCGAAAUCCCGAAUCACUACGAGCUGAAAGUGGCAGGAACCGGCUUCAUGAAGGAGCUACUACAAGGUCUGAUGGACAUCUUCCAACCUCUUCACAGUGGACUUCAGGAUGCCUUGUGGAAGGAGUGCUUCGAAGAGCCAAGUCCUCCGGAUUACCUACUCUUUGAGUUGAUGUUGGCAUUGUUUGUCGCUGCUAUUGUCUUCUGCUUCUUACAGGUAUUACUCUUCAAGGUUAAUAUAGUUGAUGUUUUAGAUAUACGCGAAACGAUGGCGACAUGUGAUUGCUGAGAGAAUAUUCCCAGAGAAGAUACGAGUACGAGCUCUGAGAUUGUACAAUGAACUGGUCGAGCUUCGCUCAACUUUGGUCGAUCUUUUCGGAAGAACGAAACAGAUGUUGGAAGAUGUGGAUGAUAGUCAGAUUGAUGAUAGACAAACACAGGUUUGUGUAAGAUGUGAUAAAAGCGAUAUAGAAAUCAUUAUGGGAGGGUAAGGAUACAUUUACAAUGCGAUUGAAAACAACUUUUUGUAGAGCAAGACUUGACUCAUUGUGCAUUGUGGCAUGUUUUACUUUCUUGAAGAUUGAAAAACUUGUCAAGUCUUAUUUGAUAAAAUACUGGAAUGAUAAUACGAUUUUAAGUAUAAAAUUAAUUUUUAACUUUAUUUUAAUGUAGCAUAACUUAUAUCAUCGUUGUUUCAGUAAAGAAUCACGCGUAUGUAUAGAAUGCAACCAGUUCUACUGUGUCGAAUGCUACACCGUUAUCACAAAAUGUAUAACAUGUGGAGUGAAGUUGGCGAAAGUGGAAGAUGAAAUGGAGUUCUACCAGGAUUCAAGCCUUUCAGAAUCUUCUGAUGACGAAAUGACGGAAGUUGUAGUAGAAGGAGAUAAAGAAGCUGUGAAUAAUAUAGCCGGGAUGAAUGGAAGUAAUGUUGGGGACAAAGGAAGUGAUAAUAAAGGAAGUAAUAUCGACAACAAAGACUCGGUCAUAAGCCCAGGGAAUGCAGAGACGGCAGGAGCGGAGAGUAAUAACAACCUAAGUAAUGUUAAUGACAAAGAGUUGCCUGAUGUUUUAGAUAAUAAGAAGGAUAAGAAGGGCAAACCGAAGAAAAAGGUGGGUUUUUGGUCAAAUUUGGGUAACAUUUAGUGAAAGUUGUUUGAGAAAUUGCAGUUUUCGAGUUUUAACGUAAAGUUUGGUCAAUAUUUUACAUAAUUUUUAAUGCUGAAAUAUUAUUUUUGUUAAUUUUAGCCGGCUAAAAAGAAGAUGAAUAAGAAAAAGAAAACUAAACGGAAAAAGAACCCGAAGAAGAAAACGGCCGUAAAGAAGAUCAAGAAGCCUAACGUCAAGCCUAAAAAGCCUGCGAAGCCAGUGAAGGCGGUUCAGAAUAAAAAGAAGUAAACAGGAAGGACAAGGAUAAUAUAAUAGAAAUAAACAUUGUAAUCGCGUGUAUUGUGGUGUAAAACAAGUUUGAAACCAUUGUCUGCGGAUUACGCGGUUUUGUCAUAAUAUUAAUCUCGGAAUAGUAAUGUUGUAGUAGCACGUAGAAGCGGCCUUCAGCUGGCGGAACCGAUCCGACCGGUUGUGCGGUCAGAAAAACGUUGCGCCAUCGCUUCACGGUCUUUCGUGGGCAUUUGAAGCCGGCUGUCAGCUCGUGGACGGUGCGCGACUCUUUGAAAUGAUGUUGGUUGUUGUUGUUGCAUUAUGUUUACUGCCAUUGGGCCAAGCGGUAAGAUGGCUGCUAUAGUUUAUGUUAUUCUUGUUUUUGUAGUGUUUGGCCACAGGUUUGUGUGGCAUGAAUAUGGGUUGUGGCGCGGCUUUCAACCCGAUGUUUCGACCAGCUUGUCAGAGUAUGGGCUGUGGUGGAGGUAUGGGCUACAACAACAUGUACAACUCAAUGAAUCCGUACUCGAAUUACGGUGGAUAUAACAGUAUAUUCGGCAUUAAUGGCGGUAUGGGAGGUUUGGGUUAUGGUGGAAUGGGUAGUCCGGUAUGUGGACCGUACGGAUGCUACAGACAUCGUGCACGGGCUUCGGUUAGCUACAAACCUGAAACUCUCAGAGGAUAUUCGUAAGUUUUUAGCUAAGAUAUGGCCAAUGGUUAGUCAAAAAGCAUUGAGUAUGAUGUUAUAAAGCUAUAGUAUCUUACUGGUUUUAUUUAUUUACGGUGGUCGAAUUUUAGAAACGAUACAAUUACCAAACUGAACCAACUGGCUGAGAUCUCGCCUUCUGUAGCGAAUAACUUUGUCAAGAAUCAGAAGCUUGCUGUGGUAAGUUUACAUCAUUUUAAGUAUGAUUUAGACUUGAUAUGACUUUUAUAUGUUUGUAGCCUGUGUUAAUGUACAGUAACGUAUAAAUUAAGAAUCCGAACAAAGCUUUCCUCCAAUGUUGUGUCGAUCGUCGCUUGCCUGACUCUUGUCUUCGCAAAUGUAACUUUGGCGUUUAUAGAAGAGAAAUGGUAAGUUACUAUUUAUCUCACUUUCUGACACUUUAAUUUUACUGUAGCUGAGCGAGAUGUACAUGAAGAAGGAAGACUGCCCGAUCGAGGCCAUGCAAGAGAUCCACUUCUGUGCUGCUCAAGGUCGCGACCAUAGACAAUGUUGUGAACGAAAUGGAGUAUCGACCACGAUGGCAGGUGAGAAGUGUCUAGUCUUCUGUGACCAAAGGCCGGGCAAAGUGGUACAGUUGGACAUGUCGUAUCUUCCAUGCUUUGAGCGGUUUGAAAGCAUGAAGAGCUGCUUCUGGAACGAUUUGGUACGACGACAUUAG